AUGGUUGGUGGGGUGAGUGUGGUGGUUCUGGGGGGAUACUGGGGGGUAGUGGAGGGUCAUGGCGGCGGCAGGAUGGCUGGAAGGGUGGCAGGAUUCGGUACUUAUUCCUAUGGUCACGACAUGAGUUAUUGGUCACCAAGACGAAGGGUGUCCGCCGCGGGCUCGUCCGGGGCGGCACAGCCGCCCAUCACGCCUCCGUGGUGUAGUGGGCCACCAUCAACUGCCGGGGGGCAUUACCCCGGAUCCCCGCCGCCGCGAUCUCGGGCUCUAAGCCGCACGUGGGCCCGUCAGGGGGCCAGGGCGACUGCGCUGCGCGGGGUCCGCGCCGAUGGGCUGUGGGAGAGCUGUCUGCUGAUGGCCCCGGCCCGACUGAACACUGCUGGCCCGGGGCAGGUGGGCGUAGCAGAAGGACCUGCGAGUCCGCGGCCUCAUGCCGUGUAUAUCCCUCACCGCUCUGGGCGGUGCGACGGCAGCGGGGCUGGCGCGGCAUCGGUUCCGCUGCGGGAAUUGGAUCCGAGUUCCCGUGCGGGGGGGUGGGCGGCGACUGGGGGUCUGGUGAGGGGCCUGGGGCCCACCGCCUCCCUGUGCCGCCUGGUCCAGGUACAUACACGCACCACGAUGAUAGCCGCGGGGCUGCACGAGCUCAGCGUUCAACUAAGCUCCGCCCUGCUCAGCCGCCUGUCCCGCCGCUCCGGGACUUCGGUCUGGCGGGGGGCGCGUGCCGGCAAUGGCGGGAGGGCGGCGCGGAGGGUCAGCUUAAUACGCCCUAAUGCCAUCAAACCGGCCCCGCCUGCCCCGAUGCGGCCCCCGCCUGCUCCUGCCCCGGCCACAACUAGGCCAGCAGCGAUGUGGUACGGGAAAAUCCUGGCGUCUAUAGAUGAAACCUUCAAACUGGCUAGGGUCCAUGGCGUAUAG